AUGGCUGGCGUCGGCGAAUCCGUCUACGUCUCCAAUGCCACCAACUUGGCAAAAUACAUGCAAUUGCCCCAAAAAGGCAAAGUCCUCGCCGAAUACAUCUGGAUUGAUGGCACCAACGGCCUGCGGAACAAGACAAAGACCCUGAGCAAGGCUCCCAAAUCUGUCGACGAUCUCCCAGAAUGGAACUUCGACGGCUCGUCUACCGCCCAAGCCCCCGGCGACAACUCCGAUGUCUACAUCCGACCAGUUGCGAUGUUCCCCGACCCGAUCAGACUGGGUGAAAAUGUCUUGGUCAUGUGCGAGACGUGGGAUCCUGAUGGCACGCCCAACAAGUUCAACUACCGACAUGAAGCCGCCCGGCUGAUGGAGGCCCACGCGAAGCAUGAAAUCUGGUUUGGAUUGGAACAAGAAUACACACUUCUCGGCCCCGAUGGCUGGCCUUACGGCUGGCCCAAAGGUGGCUUCCCCGGCCCUCAAGGUCCCUACUACUGUGGUGUUGGUACUGGUCGUGUCUUCUGCCGUGAUAUUGUCGAGGCCCACCACAAGGCAUGCAUGUACGCUGGUAUUGAAAUCUCGGGCACAAAUGCCGAGGUGAUGCCCGCGCAGUGGGAAUACCAGGUUGGCCCUUGUGCCGGAAUUGACUUGGGCGACCAACUCUGGGUGUCCAGAUGGCUCCUUCACCGUAUCGCCGAAGAGUUCGGUGCUGUCGUCUCCUUCCAGCCGAAACCGAUCCCCGGUGACUGGAACGGUGCCGGCCUCCACACCAACGUCUCCUCCAAGGAGAUGCGUGAAGAGGGUGGUAUCAAGCACAUUUACGAGGCCAUGAAGAAGCUCGAGGAGCGUCAUCUUGAGCACAUCAAGGUGUACGGUGAAGGCAACGAACUCCGCAUGACUGGUCAACACGAGACGUCGAGUAUUGAUAAGUUCACUUGGGGUGUGGCCAACCGUGGCUCGUCUGUGCGGAUUCCGCGAGCCUGCGCACGGGAAGGCAAGGGCUACUUUGAAGACCGCCGACCUGCGUCAAAUGCCGACCCAUAUCAAAUUACCGGCAUUAUCGUUGAGACCAUGUUUGGAUCGCUGCCGGAGGAGAAGUAA